AACGUCAUCCAGCGAAGGUGGAUCAUGCCGCGCGGUCUUUUCUAUAAAACCCCCCGCGUCCCGCUCGCUGGGGACAAAUAGCCGCCGGUUCGUCAGAGAAGGCAGAAAGGAAACGUUGCUUUAAAAGUACACGGAUUUCCCUCGGCGCUGACGGGACGCCGGUCGCAGAAUUUACGGAGGAGAAAAAGCACAAGAGGGAGGAGAAAUUGGACGCAGAGGGAAGCUUUGCGCAACGCCGCUGCUGUGAACGGAGCAGAAGCGCCUUUACGCACGGACACAGGUGGAUGCUGGGCAGCGGACCAGCUCUCGAGGAGAUGUUACCCAUGGCCCAGUUCGGGGUGCUGUCGGCUCUGGCCACCGCGCUCACCUCGCUCCUGUCCGCGCUCCUGCUGCUGGCGCUGACCCGGCAGCUUUGGAGCCUCCGCUGGAGCCUGACCCGGGACAAAGAGAGCAGCCUCCCGCUGCCCAAGGGCUCCAUGGGCUGGCCGCUGAUCGGAGAGACUUUCCACUGGCUGUUCCAGGGUUCCAACUUCCACAUCUCGCGCAGAGAGCGCCACGGCAACGUGUUUAAGACCCACCUCCUGGGGAAGCCCGUCAUCCGCGUGACGGGGUCAGAAAACAUCCGCAAGAUCCUGCUGGGGGAGCACAGUCUGGUGUGCACCCAGUGGCCCCAGAGCACCCGCAUCAUCCUGGGACCCAACACCCUGGUCAACUCCAUUGGAGACCUGCACAAGAGGAACCGAAAAAUUCUAGCUAAAGUGUUUAGCCGGGGGGCUCUGGAGUCCUACCUGCCCCGGGUGCAGGACGUCGUCAAGUCUGAAAUCGCCAAGUGGUGCUCCGAGCCGGGCGCCAUCGACGUUUACAGCGCGGCCAAGUCAAUGACGUUCCGUAUCGCAGUCAGGGUCCUGCUGGGUCUGCAGAUGGAGGAGGAGCGGAUAGUUUAUCUGGCCAAGACCUUUGAGCAGCUGAUGAACAACCUUUUCUCGCUGCCCAUUGAUGCUCCUUUCAGUGGGUUACGCAAGGGGAUAAAAGCAAGAGAAAUCCUGCAUGCCAACAUGGAGAAAAUUAUUCAGGAAAAGAUUGAGCGGCAGCAGGCAGAGGAAGAAUAUCACGACGCCUUUGACUACAUGCUGUCCACUUCCAAGGAGCACGGCCAGCAGCUCAACAUCCAGGAGCUUAAGGAAACGGCGGUAGAGUUGAUCUUCGCGGCUCACUCCACCACAGCCAGCGCCUCCACAUCUCUGAUUCUGCAGUUUCUCCGCCAUCCAGCGGUGGUGGAGAGGGCCAGGAUCGAGCUGGAAGCCGAGGGCCUUGCCUACGAAUCCCACAGCAGCCACAGACCAUCUGAUGUCACCACGGAGAAAGAGGAGGAAGCUGCAGACAAGGAGACAAGUCGCCUGCUCAACGGAGACGGUCAUAAUAACCAGAAUCCCAGGGAUGGUUUUCCACAGUCUCAGUCUCGUGUUCCCUAUCUGAGCCUGGACAAGCUGAGCCGGCUCCGCUACGUGGACUGUGUCGUCAAAGAGGUGCUCCGCUUCCUGCCGCCGGUAUCCGGCGGUUACCGGACCGCCCUGCAGACGUUCGAAUUAGACGGCUACCAGAUCCCCAAAGGCUGGAGUGUAAUGUACAGCAUCCGGGACACUCAUGAGACCGCAGCGGUCUUCCAGAGUCCGGAGCUGUUUGACCCUGACCGGUUCGGACCGGACCGGGAGGAGAGCCGGUCGGCUCGCUUCAGCUACGUGCCGUUCGGCGGGGGCGUGAGGAGCUGCGUUGGGAAAGAACUGGCCCAGAUGAUCCUAAAGACGCUGGCAGUGGAGCUCAUCGGGACCUGUAAAUGGACUCUGGCCACCAAGAACUUCCCCAAGAUGCAGACGGUGCCAAUAGUGCAUCCGGUCAACGGGCUGCAUGUGAAUUUCACUUACAACAACCCUCUUUAGACAAAAAAAAACCCCACCGCGUGACAGACUUUCCAAAUAAAUUCAACCCAAACGGGCAUCUUAACCUCCAGUCUGCUUUUGGAAAAGCGCUCCAAUACAUGAGACACGAGCACCGCGCCAGGCCCGAGGGUGCAAUUUCGGCCAACCUUCAUUUCCACAGGCAUGUAGAAGGGGUUUACAUUGGUGGUUUGGAGCAACUCAUCAUCUCUACAGUGGCUUGACCCAAACCUCCUUAGAAACCACCAGCUCAACGUGUUCACCUGCAGCAUCCCACAGCUGUUACUAUUCAUUACAUGCUUCUUCUUUUUUUACGGUAGUUAAGGUAACUCGGUGCGAUUUAGUUUGUCUGUGUAGCCUUUUCCUACCUAGAACUUCUGGGUUUGACAAAAGGUGCCGAGUGAACAGACCUACAGGACAUUUUACUUUAUUAAAUCUAAGACCAUGCAACACAUCAACACUCGCUGACAGGAAUGAAACACCUCCUACAGUCUCCCUACAAGGCCAUCUUGCAGUUUCAACAACUUGUUACACAAAGUGGUUUACAGAUGUAGCUUUUGCACCAACGUGCAUCUGUAAGGACAUACCCGAGAGCUAUGAGCGGUCGCUGCGUUGGAUGAGCAAGCAUUUCGUAUUUCACUUCAAAAAAAAAAAUGCCUUUUUGAAAACUGACAAAAAACACAGCUGGUUGUAUUCCUGUAUAUGAGCAAGGCACUUGAUGCCGGUCAGCUCUGUGAAAAUCCGCAGGAACAAAUGCUCUUUAUUAAAUCUACAUGUGAGUUCUCAUUACGACCAGUGUAAAGUCAGAAAAAGAGUGAAAAGAUCUGCGGUGGUAUUUUAACACUUUUAGGAAACAUUUCCAGCCCAAUGUUGGACACAACAUUUUUGCAAUGAACUCAUCUGCUAAACCACUUUUACUGACGGAACUUGCACUUAAUAUUGACACAUAAAUCCCACAACCAGGAACUACACAAACAUCAAGGCAAAAUACAUUCAAACGGUUCUGUUUUUGGAACACGAAUGUAAUAUACUACAUAUCCUCAACAGUGCUAUUAUGUGUGUAUCAAAUGAAGUAGCGUUAUGAAUAAGCUGUAUUUAAAAUGCAGAUGUAUAAUUUCUGUUUUGCUUUUAUUCUGUAACAAUAUUUGCUAUAAUUAUAAAUAGAUAGACACUAAACUGUAAAGGACUGUCCAUACAACUAUAUUUCACUGCCAGUACGUAGAUAUCUUUCAUUGUUUAGAGCAGCAUUUAUAUAGAGUAAAGUUAUUAUAAUUAUUAUCAUUAUUGGUCUAAUGUUAUGACUGUUUCUAUCUAGGUUCGAAGCCUAACGGACACGCUGUGAAUUCUUAUGUACGGAUGGAUUCGUGGAAGGAGAUAGCACUUUCUCUGCUUUAAGGAGUCUGUAUAUAUUUGUCCUGUUGAUGCAUUCAUUGAGUGUUCAGAUGUAGCUGCUGUACAGUUGAUAAAGAGUAAAUUAGAAGAUGAAAAACAGAAACAGUUGUCAUAUUUUGCUUUCGACAAGGAGAUGUUUGUGAGUUUAGACUGUCAUUUAUAAAUGCUUUUUAAAGUU